UUCAUAUCGUGUCGCAAUACCAGCCAGCUACUGUUUCUGAACCUUUAAAAGGCACCAAUGUCGAUUAUCCUCUCAGCCAACGCCCUAACUGCAGUUCCACCCGGAAAAUUAUCCGAUGCAAGGGUCAUUGCGCCAGGCACUAGUAGUGGUCAGACUGCGCAGGGUGCUUCUGUGACUAACGACGACUCGGAAAAUUUCCCAGUCAGGAUCCACCAUGUUCCGGGUCGCGGGCGUGGAUUCUUUGCGGACAGGGACUUCACUCGCGGCGAUGAGGUGUUCCAGGCCAUGCCGCUGGCCUGCGCGAUCAGUGAGGACUGGGUCGGCAACACAUGCGCCUGGUGUUUCAAGUUUGAUGAUCGCCGCAAGCACCACCUGAAGGUGUCGGCCCCUGGCGGCACGAAGCACCACCAGGCAUGCCACUACAAGGGCGCUUUCUGCUCGGAGCAGUGCCAGGAGAAUGCCAUUGCAUCCCAUGGCAGUAGGCACGCGUGGCAGCGCUACGUCGCAGUCCUAGACUCUAUUGAGGCCGAGGCCCAGCGUCUCAAGGCCACAGCCAGCAAGGGCAUGACCAAGGCCGCUAAAGGAAAGAAGCCCAAGUCGUGUGAGGCUAGCUUGGUGUUCAGCGAGGGCAAAUCGCUGACAGACGAUGUUUUCAACCCUGACGACGCCUCGGACGACCAGCUGGCGCAGUGGAUCAUGCUCGUGUGGGAUUCAAUCAUCGAGGACCGCAUCUUCAUCGGCGGCCUGCCGGACAGCCCCUACCGCGAGAUCGCGCGGCUGAUCGCAGGCGCCCUGUGUCAUCGAAGUAAUAAACGCAGUAAUAGCAAUAGUAAACCGGUGUGCAGCUCCGAUCCGACCAUGUGGGCUGCAGACAUGGUGCGCCGGUCCGUCGCCGCCGAACCUGUUGCUCCCUGGGAGUCGCUCGAGCACAUGCAGCCGAAUGAAGUCAACUGGCUCCGCAGCGAGCUCUACUCGCUACAGCUAACCCGGUCUAGCGAGGGUGGGGAUGUGUCCAAUCCUGCGACUAUUGCGCCAAUCCAUCUUCCGCUGGUCCCAACGGCAGCACAAAUCCGCCUGACGGGCUGGGGUGCGCUUUUCCGCGUUGCUGCUGAGACAUUCUGGCUGCUCAACGGCGCCUGGCAGCAGGCCAUCGAGGCACAGCAGCUGCCCGCCCUGGAGCAUGCCGACUUCCGCGACGUCUACUACCGCGAGAUGGCAAACUCGUUUGGCAUCUGGGAUCCAAACGACCCCUUCCCUAGCGAAAACCCAGCUGACGACCAGCGAGAUGGGGAGGAGCAUGAGAUGCUGGGGUUUGCUAUCUACCCCACUGCGGUAUAUUUCAACCACUCCUGCGCGCCCAACGUGUUCAAGGCCAGAGAGGGGCGCCAGAUCAGGUUUGUGUGCCUGCAUGACAUCAGGCAGGGCGAGGAGAUGUUUAUCUCGUAUGGAUCGGUCUUUGAGGAUGUCGGCGAAAGGCGUGAGCGGCUCCAGCAGCACUACUUCUUUGUGUGCACCUGCGACCGCUGUGUUGCUGAAAGCACCGCCUACUUGGCCCAGGACGGCUGCUAGAGUGUCGGCUACUGCUAAAUUGGGGGAGAUGCAGAGGUUGGGUGUACACAGACGGCGGGUUUCACAACAGUGUUUUCCCACUGGCCAGUACUUGAAUAGCAAUAGAUCCACUCUGCCGUGAUAGCGCACCACAAGUUGAAACAGGAUGCAUUCGCCGACGAACUAACCACAACCCCCAGGAGCUAGCAGCAGCAGGCCACGUCCUUGAUGUGUUCCGAUAAAUUAUUGACAGUGGUCGAUAUCGCUGCAUGACAUGCGCUGCGAUUUCCGCCAGUAUGGAAGCAUUCUGGCUAAACCGACCAGCUUUCCAUUCCCACAGACCGUGCUUGGUGCAUUAUAUGCAUUUCUCUUUACUGACUACUAGAAAUACU